GGAUUGGAUCACAGCAGCCGCGAUACAUUGGUUCUUUGCUGAACUGGUUCCGAUCGCGAUAUAUCGAUAUGCCUUAACUUGGCAUUGUAUUCAAAUUUUUCAGAUCGAUUUUCGACUUCGGCUGGACUGGAUGCGACGUCGCCGGCGGUUCCAAAAAUAGCUCCUUUUAUUAUUGUUAUUAGUUUUGUUCGCGCGUCGGUUUUACUGUAACUUAUUUUCGGCUGAAUUCAACAUCCCUGUUAAUCCCUGUUUUGUUAUGCUCUACAUAAAUUUCCAUUCAUAUUUUUUUUGAUAGUUGUUAAAGCGAAAGUUUUGUUUUUGUUAAAGUGUUUUAUCCCCUUUCCCAACAACAACCAAAAACGCAUUCCUGCACACCAAGAAAAAAAAUGCGUGUUCGUGUGUAUUAGUGCAGACUCUCAGCGCUGCAUGUGUGCGUUCGUGUGUGUGUAUGCUGCAACUAAAAACCAAAACUAAACAAACAAACAACAAAAAAAGAGUACCACAAGAAAAACAAAAAGAAAGACUUAACCAAGCGACAAUGUGAUGCGAAAAGGCGAUAAAAUAGCAGCAACAACAAAAGCGUGAAGAAAAAGAAAAAAAACGCGGAAAUGCAGUUGAGCGCAUAAUUUUUAUAAGCCAAGCGACAAACGCACACACUCGAACAAAAUAAAAAAAAUUAAGAGUAGAAAACAGCAACAAGAAGGGGAGUGUAAAUACAAUUCAAGAAGUAAAAAAGAAGCAUCAGCGAAAAAGGGAAAGAGGAAGCAGCAGCGUCAACAAACACAAACACAAAUUUACCUGCGUGUGUGUGUCUGUGUGUGUGUUCUCUUCUCACUCUUUAGAUGUGUGUGUGUGCCAUGCUCUCUAAAAUACACUGAGCGAUAUAAAAAAUAAUAACGACGAGCACAAAAUGUUGAGCACCAGCACAACAACAACUACAGUAGAUACACCAAACACUGAGCACAGUGAGACCCCGAUACUAGCCACACCGGAAGAGAAAUCCCAAAGACGCCGCUCCACAUUCUAUGUGCCGUUGGUAAUCGAAGACGAAGAGGAGAAACGUGACGACCACCAGGAUCUGGUCCACAAAUCCUCGAGCAACACCAGCCUGAGCAGCAAUAGCAACUCCCUGACCAAUUCCGAUACCAAAUCGGCCAAAAGCUAUAGCCUACGCAAAUCGAGCUCCGUGAAAAGCGGCGUGGCCAAGGUUAGUGCCCUCUUCGAGCGGAAAACCCCCUCCUCGAAAAUGUCCCCACCCUGCGGCUUCAACUGGAGCAUCAGUGGCAGCGAGAAUGCGGCCCAGUAUUCCGACACCGACGAGGACGAGGAGAACUCCUCGGAGGCGCGUCAUCGCGAGCAGUUGCUGAAGUCCUUGCCCACCGGGAAUAAUAACACUGCCUCCGCAUCCCCAUCGAAACUGAAAAGAUAUGGCAUAGUCCUGAACGUGAUCAGUUUGAAUGGCAGCGAUGGGGAGCAGUCCUCGCUGGGUGGUGGCAUUAUACCGAGGCUUUCCACAGCCACGUCGGCGCCCAGGACCCAUUUCAAUGAGGACAACGAUAUAGUCCUGGCCACGCCCCCGCCUCCCAAACAGCAGGCCCUAUCCGGCGGCCAAGAAACGCAGGAUUACGACGAUGACUCAGAGAUCAGUCGCAUGCAAACGAACACCUCGACGCCCAUUAAGCUAAUGAAAUCGCGAUCGCGUACCAAUAUAUUGGCCGUACCGCUGCCGUCGGUGGAACGGGGCUUGGCCACAAGUACGACGACGACGACUAAUAACAAUAAUAAUACCUCAUCCAUGGGAGCGGGAAAUACUACAACGACCACAACGACAACUACGCUGAUUACGCUACGUGCCAAAUCAAAGACCCUGCCGCAGAACUUAUCGCCCUCAGUUGUUUUACGCGAGGCAGCCGCCUUGGAUGAGCUGGAAAAGAAGCGGGAAAAGCAGCAGGAGAAGCAGGAAAAGCUGCAGGGAAAACAGCGUCAGCUGUUUGGCGGCAGUACCGUCAGUCAGAUAGCGGGAUCGGGAUCGGGAUCGCCCUAUAAACUGCAAAACAGCUGUUCGGCCACGUCCAUUCUAACACACAGUUUUCCGCCCAAAAACCUCUUUCUACUCAAGUCGACGCCCAAAUUGUCAGCGGAUUUAGCUGGAGCUGUAGCGGCCACGCCCUCGAAUACCUCGGCGAUCUGCUCGCCGCCCAAGAAAUCGCUAAGUUUCAUCCGAAGAGCCCACUCCACCAAGGUGGCCCGAAGUAACUCCCUGUUGAAACCGAGUCAGACUGGCGGUUUGGGAUCGGGAACUGGAAACACCGGCCUCUCACUGAAUCAGGGAGCCAUGCAGGGAUCACUGUCCUCGAGCUGUGCCGGGGAUAAUUCCAGCAAUAGUGGCAGCUGGGGCAAACAUUUCUACCAGCCCUACGAUGUCUGCCCAUUGAGUUUGGACGAACUGAACUGCUAUUUCCAGGCCGAUCAUUGCGAGGAGCUGAUCUGCGAGCGAUUCAAGAUCCGGGAUCUGACCAUACAUAUGGCCUCGUCGUCGACAUGCGCAGCUGGGGCGGAUCUCUCGGUGGCCGCGGAGAAUGAUGAGACAACGGCCACGGCGGAGGACGAUGCGGGACAUCAUUCCGAUACUUCCUAUGAGAAGGCGUGCCGCCGUGGAUCAGCACCCACCACGCCCAUUUUGGGCAGCAAACAGCACCAGACGGAGCACAAUGCCACCUCACGAUUCACCAACUUCUUUUCCAAAAAAUCCAACCCCCUGAAGCGGACCAAGUCGGUGACCAAGCUGGAGCGGACCAAGCGCGGUUCCGGCGGACUGAGGGGCUCCCGCUCGCACGAGAGUCUGCUGUCGAGUCACGCGGUGAUGUCCACCAUAGAUCUCUCCUGUAACGGGGCGGUGGGCGUGGCGCCCGUGCACCAGUCCGUCCUCGGGCGGCGCCACUGUUUCCAGGUGCGCGGCGGGCCGCGUGGCGAGCGGUACUACUCGUGCGGAUCGCGCCAGGAGCGUGACCUCUGGAUCUACUCGCUGCGCAAGUCGAUCGCCCCGAAUGCGGAGCACACCCGCCGCACGGACAACUCCCUGAAGAUGUGGGUGUACGAGGCGAAGAAUCUGCCGCCAAAGAAGCGUUACUUCUGCGAACUGCAGCUGGACAAGACUCUGUACGGCAGGACCUCGGUGAAGCUGCAGACGGAUCUGUUGUUCUGGGGGGAGCACUUCGAUUUCCCCGACAUACCCGAGAUCAAUGUGAUCAACGUGAACGUGUUCCGCGAGGUGGACAAGAAAAAGAAGCGGGACAAGUACCAGUUCGUCGGCUCGGUGACGAUACCCGUGCGCGAUGUCACCUCCCGAUUGCCCUGCGAGCACUGGCAUCCCAUACUGAGCGACAAGGCGGGCGACAGUCUGGGCAGGAGCUCGGGCGGCGGCGGCAGUGGGUCGAAGGAGAAGGACCAGCUGCCCACGCUGAGGAUCAAGUGCCGCUUCCAGAGCACCGAGAUCCUGCCCAUCAAUGUGUAUGCCAACUUCUUGGCCUACCUCAAGGAGAACUACAAGCGGGUGUGCGAGACCCUGGAGCCGGUGAUCGGGGUGAAGGCCAAGGAGGACAUUGGGCAGGCGCUUGUGCUGCUGAUGCAUGCCCAGGGAUUGGCGGGAGCCUUCCUCACCGAUGUGGUGGCCCUGGAUCUCUUGCGCGUGGGUGACCAACGGCUCACAUUCAGGGGCAACUCGUUGGCCACUAAGAGCAUGGAGGCAUUCCUCAAGCUGACGGGCGAACAGUAUCUGCAGGACACGCUGUCCGCGCCCAUUAACGAGCUGAUCCAGUCGGAGCGGGACUGCGAGGUGGAUCCCACCAAGGCGAGUGGCUCGUCGGCGGGCUCGCUGCAGCGGCAGCAGGCCAACCUGCGCGCCGCAGUGCGUGGGGCGUGGCAGUGCAUCUUCGAGUCACACAAGCACUUUCCCGCCCAGCUGCGCAACUGCUUUGCCACGUUCCGGGAGCGCUUGCAGCAGCUGGGCCGCCAGGAUAUGGCCGACAACCUGAUCUCGGCGAGCAUUUUCCUCCGCUUCCUGUGCCCGGCCAUCCUGUCGCCGUCGCUCUUCAACAUAACCACAGAGCUGCCGUCGGCGCGGGCUACUCGAAAUCUGACGCUGGUGGCCAAAACGCUGCAGACGCUGGCCAACUUCACCCGUUUCCAGGGCAAGGAGAACUUUAUGGAGUUCCUCAACGAUUUCCUCGAGGAGGAGGCCGCUCACAUGCAGCAGUUUCUGGAGAUAAUAUCCACGCGACCGGAGCAUCCGGCCCCGGAUUCGAUACUCGACUGGGCUGGCUACAUUGACCAGGGCAAACAGCUGUCCAUCCUGCAUACGCUGCUCAGCGAGAGCCUGGCCAAAUUGCCGGAGGCCAAGCAGCACGAACUAGAUCCCCUGCAGCACAUUCUGGACGAGAUUAGUCGGGCCAAGGAGCACGGCUCGGGCACGGCACUGCCGGGUGGCUAUCUGCCGGCCACCUCAUCCACGCACUCGAUAGCCAGCGAGAAUCAGGAGAAUCGCAAUCCGGGCUGCCUCGUCUCGCAUGCGGGCUCCAAUCCGGAGCAGUUGCUGCCACAACAAAGCCAGUUGGCCCAGCCGCAACAUGCGAUUGUGAGCAAACCAUUGUCGGCGGAGCGGGGCAUAAUGCGAGGUGUACUUACGCCGAAUUCCCUGGAGAAGAAUAUCUUUCGGUACAAUGAUCCCACGGUUAAUGGCUUUCUGCAGCAACAGCAGCAGCAGCAACAACAGCAGCAACAACAACAGCAGCAGCAGCUGCAACAGCAUCCCCACCAGCAACAGCAACCACACCACCAGCAUCCCCUCCAGAUGCUCUCCAAUUCACAAACCUCGAUUGCUGGCAACCAAUAUAUGAGCUCGCCUGGGGGCCUGCAGCAUGCCCAAUCGCAGACCUCGAUGGCAUCCUCGUCGCUCAAUGGCAGCAGCAGCAACCUGCUGCACGGCCACCAGCAACAUGCCCACCAUCCGCAGCAGCAGCUGCAUCCACAUCACUGCCCGCCGGCGCCGCAGACGAGUGCCUCCAGCACCAUGGAGCGCAUGGAUCGGAUGAACUAUCCGUAUAUGGCCCACAAUGGCAACGACUACGAGGCCAGCACCCCAUCCAGCACUCGCUCCAAGACACUGCCACGCAAUGGGAAUCCCCCCAAUGCCAACGGCAACGGCAACAUGAGCAGCAACAACAACCAGAGUGGCAGCUACGACGACAUGCACGGCGAGUUCCAGAUCCAGAUCUCCGGGCUCGAUACGAGCAGUGCCUUCGUCUGCAAGUCACCCACGCCCAUGAUGAAAUCCAGUUUGGGUCCAGCGGGGGCCGGACGGGGUCACCACAAGCUGAAUCUGGGAAUACCCGACCAUUCGGGUGGCUAUGUGCGGGGCGGCAAUCCCAAUCCCAACUCGAAUAUGCCCAAGAACCUGGAGGAUCUCGACGAUCUGUUCAAGUAUGCCGAGGAGCACGAUGUGGCGGAGAUGGGGAAACAUCAACUACACAUCCAGAGCCACCAGCAGAAUCACCAGGGCCACCUCAAGCCCGCUGCCGUGCCCGGCAAGGAGCAGCUGUCGGCGAAGAGCAGCCACUGCAGCUCCGGCUACCAGAGCAUCUCCACGAAUCCCUCGCCCUCGCAGUCCUCCAGUCCCGUGGAGAGCCAGCUGAAGGCCGCGAUGGGCAGUCACAAUGCGCCGCUGGCCUUCAAGAAUCCCUCCUACCAGCUGCAGCCCCAAACGGGCUCCUCCCGCUCCUCGGCUCCAAGCAAUCCCCACCAGCAACAGCAGCUGCAACAGCAGCAGCAGCAACAGCAGUUUGGCAGCCGCUUGAAACCCAUUGGAGGUGGAUUGGUAGCGGCCAGGGCGGCCUUCCUCAACAGUGGAGGAGCCUUGGAGACGGCGACUCUGACGCCCAGUUCCUCGGACGAACAGCUCUCGGCGGAUAACUAUUUCAGCUAUGCAGCGGCGGCGGCGGCUGGAACGGGUAUGUCCACCAAACUGGAGGCCCAACGCUCGCUCAGCGGCGGCAGCAGCUCCUCCACCUCGGCGUCCGCGUCCACCUCGAAUCUGGGCAAGAGCGCCGGCUCGUCCGCCUACGGUCGGCUGAAUGGACCGCUCAAACGGGAGGAUGUCUACGGCAGUGGCUACGGCGGCAGCAGCGGCAAUGUGGGUUAUGGCCUCUCCACUCCCAGUGUGGCCGGAUCCCAUCAGCAUCCCCACCAGCAGCAGCAGCACCACCAGUUGCAGCAGCAGCAAAGGGAGAGGGAGCAGGAACUGAAGCAGUAUGCGGGCAGUGUGGCGGGCAGCGUGGGAUCGGCCAAUUCGGCGGCCCAGAGGCGUCUGAGCUUGGACUCGGCACGCACGCUCUCCGACAGCAGCACGGAUACGGAGGGACACUGCAAUCAAUUGCAGGAGGGCAAGCGACGCAGGCAGUUGCGCAGCAGUGGCGGUAGCAACGGCGGCGGCGGAGGAGGAGGAACCGGUUCGGAACAAGGACUGGGCAAGAGCUAUGACCAGAACGGGGAGAUCCAGCUGCUGCAGCAGACGCUGGACACACUCCGGCACACACUCGACCGGGACGAGGCGGAGCUGCGCGACUCCAGCGACGAGCUGUUCGGCCUCCAGCGACCAGCGGGCAGCGCCGGCAGCAACGGGUCCAACAAUCUCAGCCUGCAGUCGGAGUCCACCAUGCGCAGCAUCAUCGACAGUUUCUUUCAAUCCUCCUGCAGACUCAUCACCAUGGAGGAGGAGCUGCGCCGCGAGCAGCUGAAGAUGUCGCUGGCGCUGUCCCACAAGCAGCGCGUGAUCGAGGAGCAGGGCCAGCAGAUCGCGGCACUGGAUGCGGCCAAUAGCCGGCUGCUGAGCGCCCUGACCGCCCUGCGCCAGCGGUACGAGACCCAGCAGCAGCAACAACAGCAACAGCAGCAGCACCAAGCACCACCAAAGACCCAGAAGCCGCAGUGAGCGGAUGGGGGAGGAAGGGUAGAAUUCGAGGGAGGAUUAGGAGGAUGACCGCGACCGCGACCAAAAACCGAGACCUAGCUUACUGACGGUGGCAUCUUUGUUGUACACAAAAUGCAAACAUAUGGACACCGUCGCGGUUCUGUCUUAAAGAUACCUUUUUGUUUAUUUUUUUUAGCUAUUUUUUUUGUAUGCUACAUAAAUUAUACUACAUGUUUAAUAUAUAAUUAUACAUAACAUAUAUAUAUUAUAAAUAAUUUCUCAAUCUAUGUUUAAAAACAAAAAAAUGUGAAAAUGCUAAACGCAACUGCAUAAGCAGUAAGAUAAACCGCAGAAGUACGGAGCAUGGAAGUAAUGAAGAAACAAGAACAAGUUAAGAUAAUGAAUAAAAUUAUAACCAAAGUUAGACAACAAA